GCCACACGCCGCUAGGUGGCCCUGUCGUGAGUGCGGCAACCGACACAGACAUAGAGACGACGCAUGUGGAUGGGGGGCUGCAGGCUGCAUAUGGAGGAGGCGCAUUUAAGUAGACUGCACCAGUCGCAGUCGCAGUUGCAGUCGCCGUCGCAGCGACGACGUUAGCGCAGACAUUGCAUAGUUAGUUUGAGGCGCCUUCAUACGGGCACUUGCCCGGCCUAGCCACGAAAACAAUACAAACAUUUUUUGGAUUUUCUUUUCCUUUUUUUUUAUUCGCGGGCAUCUCCUUCUGAAUCACAAUAUGGCGUGUGUGUAUGUGUGUGUGUAUUUGCGAAUACGUGGUGACAACGCAAAGGGAAAAUAAAGAAGUACAAAAAACAUAAAUCAAAAUACACUGUAAAAACGAUUGCACUUUCACACACUGCUGCUACUGCCCAGCCGAUUGGCAGCGGCGUCGGCGUCGAAGUCAGCGUCAGGUUUUCUUUGUGAACGAAGAGCGCGCCUUUCUCAGUUCGCCAUUUAUUGUGUCACGCUUUCGCGAAAAAAAUAAAUAAAAAUGGAAAUACAAAAAUAUGGCUUCCGAGUGAAAGUCCAUUUUUCAACAGCUUAAAAAGAUGUCGUCAAUUCUUAUAAAUUCGCGACAGCUGCCCAAAUGUGUGGUGUACUUCGUGUGUGUGUGAGGUUGUGCAUGUGAUUGUAUUUGUAUUGCUCUCUCUCAAUUAAAAGCGACACUAAUUUGCGUACUUAGUGAAAAUCGAUAUGUGGCUGAAACUUGACAUUCACGCUACACUUUUGCACAGGAUUUCUUUUCGAUUGAUAAUAAUUUUAUUAUGAUAAUAGAUAAACAGAUUGUUGGCUAUUUUUAGCCAUUUAUGCAAGUUAUUGUUACAAAAUGACGCACAUACACAAUUACAGGACAACCCUAACCUAAUCUCAAUGUUGCCGACAUACUAAUAGCAAACAGACGUACAGUGGUGCCUGCCCACAGCGCACUAAAGUGAAUACUGAUGCAAUGUUGCUUCGCACUCAACAUACAAUUGAACGUGAACGAAACCCCGGCAAUUAACUCACAAUGAAUUUCACACCGUUUGGGAACAGUUUUCCGGGCCUGCCGCAGUUUACCACAACGACGGCGCCGCUGGUGUCGACGGUAACUGCCGCUGUCACCGUGACCGAUGCCGAUGUGACUGCGGCGGCCAAUCAGCAGCAACAGCAACAGGAGCCCGGCGGCGGCAAUCGCUAUCAGCAACACCAGCAACAACAACAACAACAGCAGCAGCAGGUGACGCCGGGCGUGGCAAUGGCUCACUUCAGUCAACCGAGCAUGAGCAGUGCACAGAGCAGCAGCAGUGGAGGUGGCAAUAAGUUUCGCAGCGGGCAAGAUGAAGUGCUGCAAGGUGAUAAAUACAAUGGCCACUUGGUGGCAACAGCCACGCAGCAACAACAACAGCAACAGCAAUAUGCAACUGUUUAUGCGCCUAGUGCGACGGCAACGUCAGCGGAUGCGUUGCAAGCAAGCACCUCGGGUCAGCAACAGCAGCAGCAACAACAACAACAGCAGCAGCAACAACAGUUGCAGCAGCAACAAGUGGUGGCGCCGCAAGAACUGACACAGGAUCUUUGCAAUGCGAUACUGCAACAACAAGUGCUACAGAAUACCUCCUGGCAGACAAUCACGCCGGGCACCACAGUCGCCGACUACCUCUCGCAUCUUCCAGCCAACACGCUGCCACUCUCGCUGCACCACUUUCUCAAGUACUCCGCGGAGACGAUCAAGAAGGAGAAUCAACAGAAUGUGGUGCUGCAGGUGCAGACGGGACCAGGAGCAGCCAUUGGCAUCAAUACCAUUGGCACAACCACAACCAUAAGCAUACCUCAGCAGGAGCAACUGUCACUGCAGCAGCAACAGCCACAGCAGCAGCAACAACAGCAGCAACAACAACAGCAGCAGCAACAGCAACAGCAGCAACCUCAAGCAACAUUGCAGCUGCAGACGCAAACGGCUGUGGCAAGCAGCUCGACAGCUGUAAGUGGCACCAAAAAGAAGAAACGCAAAAAACGCUCCAAGGAUCGCAAGCCCAAACUGCGUCCCGGCGAGAUACGCAUGAGCACAGCACUCGAUGGCAGUCCGCUCUACAUGUGUCCUGAGUGCCAUGUGGCAUAUCCCGAACCGGAGUUACUUGAAGUGCAUCUGGUGGGGCACAAUCUGGAGCGACGCUAUGUCUGCGACAUUUGCCAGGCAUCGCUGAAACGUAAGGAUCAUUUAACGCGACACAAGCAAUCGCACAAUCCUGAACGUCCAUACAUCUGCACCGUCUGCCUAAAGGCCUUCAAGCGCAAAGAGCAGCUGAGCCUGCACUUUGUAAUCCACUCAGGCGAGAAGCGGCAUCAGUGCCAGGAGUGCGGUAAAGGCUUUUACCGGAAGGAUCAUCUGCGCAAGCACACCCGCUCUCACAUUGCCAGACGCGUCAAGGCCGAGCUCAAUAGUCAUGUGCGACGCGAGAAUGGCACCAGCAUGUUGCAACCCGUGGUUACUGCUGCCACAACGGCUGCCGUGCAGCAUGCGAAUCAACAACAGCUGCAGAUACAACAGCAACAGCAGCAGCAACAACAACAACAACAACAACAACAACAGCAGCAGCAACAACAGCAGCAACAUCACAUCGUUGUCAGUCAGCAACAACAGCAGCAGCAACAACAACAACAGCAGCAACAACAAGCAACUGGCCAGCAGCAACAGCAGCAAAUGAUAAAUUAGCCAAAUGAUUUUUGUAAAGUCAGUUAAAGCAAAAUUCCAAAUCACAACCAAAUCUCCCCGGAAACCUUUCGAAAUGCCCUGUGGCAAGCAACAAUUGUUGUUCAAAAUUACGUUUUUGGCUCAAAAUUCCAAGCUUUCGGCCCACAUCAUUUAAUUGACUCCAACAAAUCGGAUAUAAGAAUAUCGUAUGCGUACAUCGUAUACGGUAUUCAACAAUGCAAUAUAAAAGGCUUUUUGAAGACUCCCAAUGUAGUCUUUGCUGAGCUCUGUACAGCAGUUCCUAGACGAACAUCGAAUAUCGUUUACGAUAUUCAGCGAUGCAAUCACUGCAUUUCGAAGACUCCUAUCGGAGUUUCUCCGUCGAUGCUGUACAACAAUUUCUUAGAGAAUAUCUCACUGCAAUAGUAAAAUCUUACCUGGGCCUUCUCCCAGAGGCGCCUCGAAUAACAAAGUUCAUCUUAACUGUACUUCAAGGCUAAUGUCAAAUAUCACAUACGAUAUUCAGCGUUGUAAUAGUAAAUACUUAUAGGGAAGAAUCCACAAAGUUUCCCGCUGACACUGUACAAUUAUUCCUAAGCGAACAUUGAAUAUCGUUUACGGUAUUCAGAAAUGCAAUAGCAAAUAUUAUUAGGGUUCUCCUCGACGAGAUCUCCUUCACUAACGUACAAGUAUUCCUAAGCAGCAACGUGACACAAACUUAGACGUACAAGUGCUAGACAGCUGGGACCAUAAACUUUAUUUACUUCCAACUAAAGCAUAAUCCUAAAUUUAGCAUACUUUUGUCCAAGCCCUUUUCAUUAGUGAUUGAUAAAUGGUUAUCUCCUAUUGAAAAUAUAAUUUUUUAUAUAUACCACUUAUGUAAGUACGAACAGUGAUAAUAUUAUAAUUAUCGGAUAGUGUGACAUCGAACAUUUCUCAGAACCAAGCUUAAUCGUAAACUUAAGUUUCACAGUUUUAAUGAUUAUGCAAGCAAUGAACUGCUUCCAUUUGAAUUUACUAACAAAAUUUAGCUAUAUUUUUAUCUGUUUUAAUUUAUAUGAUUGUAAAACUCGGAAGUUAGGUCCCAGAUUACCGAUCUGUUAAGUAAUCGGCACAUUAUCCACAAAGUACUUUAAGACAAGAAAGAAAUUAUAAUUUUAUAUGCGAUUCGCGUAUUUUAGUGAAAUGUAUUUUUGUAUAAAACGAAUUCUACGUAUAUGUAAAUGAUACGAACAACGGUGUAAAUGCAGUAAACUAUUUAUGUACUCGUAAUACCUAAACAAAGCGCAAUCUAGAUAUGUAAGUACGAAUUUAGAUACUAUGAAUGUACUUCAACUUUUGAUAACACCGAUUAAAAAAUUUGUAAAUACACCCCAUCCUCAUAUU